CUGGCCGCCGCCGCCCUCGCCGCCACCGAGGACCAGCAGGAUGAAGGCGAGUGUGCGAGCGCGCUGGGCAUGGAGGCGGGCCAUAUCCCGGACCACGCCAUCACCGCCUCCUCGUCGUACGAGGCCAAGUCCGUGGGCCCGCAGAACGCCAGGAUCCGGCAGGAGAUGAACGGCGGUGCGUGGUGCCCCAAGGCGCAGAUCUCGUCCGAGGUGCGCGAGUACCUGGAGGUGGACCUGCAGGGCGAGCACCUCAUCACGCGCACCGAGACGCAGGGCCGCUUCGGCAACGGCCAGGGCCAGGAGUACGCCGAGCACUUCCUGCUGGAGUACUGGCGGCCCGGCAUCAACCGGUGGGUGGCGUACCGCGACCACAGCGGCUACAAGGUGCUGGCGGGCAACAGCAACACGUACCUGGUGGCGCAGCAGCACCUGGCGCUGCCCUUCGUGGCCACCAAGGUGCGCUUCAUCCCCUACAGCGAGUACCCGCGCACCGUGUGCAUGCGCGUCGAGCUCUACGGAUGUCCCUGGGAACAGAACGUGGUCCGGUACGUGGUGCCGCCGCCGGGCAUGGUGGACCGCAGCUACGACGGCGAGCUGGGCCAGCUGGUGGACGGCCUGCGCGGCCCGGACCACUUCCUGGGCAGCCCCGGGGCGGACGGCACAGAGCGGCGCUGGGUCGGCUGGCGUCCCGUGGAGGGCCGGCCCCUGGAGAUCACCUUCCAGUUCGGCGGCCCGCGCGAGUUCCACAACGUCCGCAUCCACGUCAACAACCGGGCCAGCCAGGGCGUCAAGGUGCCCAAGAUGGCGACGGUGUCCUUCGGCGUGGACGGGCGUCGCUGGCUGCAGAAGUCCAAGUUCGCCAUCGUGACGGAGUCCUCGUCGACGACGUCCACCGCCGCGCCUUCGACUGCCUCCCCGACCACGCCGCGCCCCGUGCCGCGCGCGUCGCCGUCCUCGGCGCCCUCCUCGUCGACGGCGACGUCGGCGGCCCCCGGGAACGCGACCACUGCCGCGGUGCCCGUCGUCGAGGUGGCCACGCCCGGCACUGAGGAGGCGCGCGACCUGGUGGUGCCCCUCGGCGGCCGCGUCGCCAAGUACAUCCGCAUCGAGCUGGAGUUCGCCUCCACCUGGAUCCUCAUCAGCGAGGUGGCCUUCGAGUCGGUGGCCGUGAACGGCAACCUGACGGACGAGUCCCUGGAGAGGAUGCUGAAGCCUGGCGCCGGCGGGGACGCGGCCUCGGGGACCACGACGCAGAGCCCGCAUUCCAAGAGCGCCGUGACUCCAGCCACGACGGCCACCUCGGAGCAGACGCAGUACGUCGGCCUCAUAUUCGGCGUCCUGGUGGUGUCCGUGGUGGUGGCGGGCGUCAUGUUCCUGCUGCUGUGGCGCCGCGGCCGCCAGAAGGUGUCUUUGCUGCACAAGCACACGGCCCUCAUGUGCAGCACCAAGGCGCCCGGCCAGGCCGUGUCCAUGAAGGACCUCAAGAUGACCCCCGUCAUCGGCACCAACGGCCAGGUGUUCAACAGGACCUGCUUGACGUCCUCCGUGAAGGGCGUGAAGAACGGCACCCUGGUGAACGGCGGCCUCGCCAACGGCGCGGACUACGGCCCCGCCAAGAAGGGCUACGGGCAGCCGGUGGUGCUCGGCGAGGAGAGCGACUCGGAGAACUCGUCCGCCUACCACGAGCCCUACAAGCUGCUGCACAAGAAGACGGACUACUUCGGGCUGCUCAAGAAGGACGCCGCCUCCAAGAGCGCCGACACAGAUUUAUCGACGAUCGCCGCCGAUGACGUCAGGUACACGGCUUUCACGACGACGCUGCCGUCGGCGCCCGUCUCGUCGCAGCGCGCCAACGGCAAGGCGGACAAGUGCUCCACGCUGUUCAAGACGCUGGCGCCGGCCCAGGAGGAGAACUUCUACGCCGCGACGGACAUUGUCAAGAACGAACGCCGCGAGCAGCACCUCUCCGUCGGCCGGCUGACGUGCCUGCAGGCGCCCGUGGGCGUGCCCGUCCUGGAGGGCGCCGCGUCCCUGCUGGAGUUCAACCGCCACCGCCUCAGGAUGGUGUCCAAGCUCGGUGACGGCAACUUCGGAACGAUCCACGUGUGCGAGGCCGAGGGCGCCCCGGACUACAGCGGCCUGUCGUCCUUCCACAAGAAGCAGGUCGUCAUCUCCAAGUCGCUGGGACGCCGCUGCGGGGACACCACCAAGCAGGAGUUCCUGCGCGAGGCUAGCUGGCUGGCGACGCUGAGGGACACCAACGUGUGCCGCGUGGUGGCGCUGUGCAGCCAGGACGGCCCGCCCUGCCUGCUGCAGGAGUACUCGGAGCAGGGCGACCUGUUCGCCUUCCUGCAGAGGCCCGAGAACCUGUCCUUGAGCUACGGAUGCCUCAUCUACAUGGCCACCCAAGUCGCCUCGGGGAUGAAGUACUUGGAGGCGCUGGAAGUCACGCACAGAGACCUUUCUGCCAGAAACUGCGUGGUGAGCCACCACUACACCGUCAAGGUGUCCGACCACGCCGUAUUCUGCUCGGCGUUCGACCAGCACUACUACAGCAGCGACACUGGCUCCAAGCUGCCCAUCCGGUGGAUGGCGUGGGAGAGUCUGCUGCUGGGCCAGCACAGCCCCCGCAGCGACGUGUGGUCGUUCGCGGUGACGCUGUGGGAGGUGCUGGGCCGGUGCCGGGAGCUGCCGUUCUGCGAGCUGACGGCCGAGCAGGUGGUGGAGAACUGCAGCCACUGGUACCAGGACUCGGGGCUGCAGCGCGCGCUGCUGCGGCCGCCGCUCUGCCCGCGCGAGAUCUACGACCUGAUGCUGGAGUGCUGGCGCCGCAACAAGGACACGCGGCCCCGCUUCCACGAGAUCCACCUGUUCCUGCAGCGCAAGAACCUGGGCUACGAGCCGGGCUCGUGAUACAGCGACGGGGAGAUGUCUUCCUCGUAGGUCAGCCAGCACCCAGCACCUCGAGUCGUCUCCCCUUCCCCCUUCCAUUUUGGAAAAACGACAACCGACUUGUUGUCUCUGUCCAAUGGGGAUCGAUCUCCAUGAUUCAUGGCAUAGCUGCGACUCAGUGAUACGCGCCACUCUCUUGACUCCGUCGACUUGCUCAAGUUGGGCGGGCAAAGCAUCCUGCAAUCAACCAUGCCGAAGGGUGCCGCGGUCAAUGUCAAUGUCACUCAGGACACUAGACUUUCCACUUGUCUGGAAUGUAGGAAGGAAACAACGUUCUCUGCGACUUUCCUAGGGAUGUAGCUAGCAGAGCGCAAACGAAUAUCAACAAACAAUUCUAAACCAUACCAAGUUUAGGUGUAAAGUUGUUUAAGUAAUUUCUGUGAUAUUAUUUAUUUCCAAUGUCUAUGUUGGAUCCUUACCUUUGUAAUGUAUUACUAACUGUAUAAAAUUUUUGGAUAUGUCUUCUGGCCAAUGAGGCAAAUCACUUUUGAUUUAAACAGACUUGCUGGCACAACGGCAAGCCAAUUCCAAACAUUUCAAUUUUAAAUGACUAUCAUGCUGAAACCAAGAUCUGGAGAGUUAACUAUCUUGGGCUGAUGAAAUUGAUUCUUCAAAAGGCGAUGUAAGAUUUGGAGACAAUAGCUAUUAUUUUGCCAGCAUUUUCCAGUUACAUAAGAAUAGUGAUGACCUUUUUGUCGUAAGUCAAAUGUUAUCUAGAUAAAUUAUUCUUUGUUUUUUUUCUCAGGAGUGUCACUAUGCAUUGGUUUGUAGUUAAACCUAUUUAUUUUUGUAAAGCGGGUUUAAUGACUGAAAGGGUUAGGUGUAUUUAUCAAAGAAGCGUUUGGCAGUUGGAAUGUCUGAUAAAAAUAUUUCAUGGAAUUAUUUCGAUCAGAUGUCAAAAUCUACUGCCUUUGAAGAAAACUCUGGAUUCCAUUUACGAGAAAGUUUUAUAGGUUUCAUCACAUCACUUUUAUUGUAUAAAUUGGUUUGAACAAUAUGCUUUUAGAGGAUUGCCCUCAUCUUUUUGUUAAUUUUUAAAAUAUUUCAUGAUGAGGUAUUUUAAAAGGAAAGGCUUAAUGGCUUUGUGUCAAUUUGGCAGAAAGUUAGGAAUGAAUACUGUGCUAUUAUCAGUGCAGGUCAAUUCUAUGAUUUCUUCUUCUCUUUUUUAAGUAAUACACCACUUGGUGCCGAGAAAAAAAAAAUUCUGGUUUUAAAAUGUUUACUUACAUUUGAAUCAAAUUUAAAUGAAGUUUAAAUGCACUGUCAGGCAGACUUGACCCUAAAUUCUUCCUUGACCUUCAUUCUAAAAAUAAGCUGUCCACAUUCUCUUACCAUGACUGAAAGCUCAAGAUAACAUUUGGCAGGAAAGAACAACAAAUCUUGCAUUAAUGCAUUUUUUACAUUUCGGUUAUCUCUCCCUGUCCCCCUCAUGUAAAGUUACGCCACAAAUAAUCUUGACAAUCUUUCAUUAUUACUAUUUAUGCAACUGCUUAGCAACCUUGUUUCGUUUAAGUGGAUUUUGUCUUGAUAACAUAUCUUUUUUCUACAUUACCGAUGGAUUUCAAUUUUGGAAUAAAUACAUCUUUUCUUUAGAA